AUGAGCACAUUUCACACGCAUCUCAAAAUGUCUCUUACCAACAAGCUCUCCAUCAAGGAUCUCGAUCUCAAGAACAAGCGAGUCUUCAUCCGAGUCGACUUUAACGUUCCUCUCGAUGGCACCACCAUCACCAACAACCAGCGAAUUGUUGCUGCCCUGCCCUCCAUCAAGUAUGCCAUUGAUCAGGGUGCCAAGGCUGUGAUCCUUGCUUCUCAUCUCGGCCGGCCCAACGGCCAGCGAGUCGAGAAGUACUCUCUCAAGCCCGUCCAGGCCGAGCUUUCAAAGCUCCUUGGCAAGCCCGUCACCUUCCUUGACGACUGCGUCGGCCCCAAGGUUGAGGAGGAGGUCUCCAAGGCCAAGGACGGUGAGGUCAUUCUCCUCGAGAACCUGCGAUUCCACCCCGAGGAGGAGGGAUCCCACAAGGACGCCGACGGCAAGAAGAUCAAGGCUGACCCCGCCAAGGUUGAGGAGUUCCGAAAGUCUCUGACUUCUCUCGCCGAUGUCUACGUCAACGACGCUUUCGGAACCGCCCACCGAGCCCACUCCUCCAUGGUCGGCAUUGAGCUUCCCCAGCGAGCCGCUGGUUUCCUUGUCGCCAAGGAGCUCGAGUUCUUCGCCAAGGCUCUGGAGCACCCCGAGCGACCCUUCCUUGCCAUCCUUGGUGGUGCCAAGGUCUCCGACAAGAUCCAGCUCAUCGACAACCUACUUGACAAGGUCAACGCCCUGAUCAUUGGUGGUGGUAUGGCUUUCACCUUCAAGAAGACCCUUGAGAACGUCAAGAUUGGAAACUCUCUCUUCGACGAGGAUGGAUCCAAGAUUGUCGCCGGCCUCGUUGAGAAGGCCAAGAAGAACAACGUCAAGCUUGUCUUCCCCGUCGACUACGUCACCGCCGACAAGUUCUCCAAGGAUGCCAAGGUUGGCCACGCAACCGACGCUGAGGGUAUCCCCGACGGAUGGCAGGGUCUGGACUGUGGUCCCAAGUCUAUCGAGGAGUUCCAGAAGGUCAUUGGCGAGUCCAAGACCAUCCUCUGGAACGGACCCCCCGGUGUCUUUGAGUUCGACAACUUCGCCAAGGGUACCAAGGCUGUGCUUGACGCCUGUGUCAAGGCCGUUGACAACGGUGCUACCGUGAUCAUUGGUGGUGGAGAUACCGCCACUGUCGCCAAGAAGUACGGUGCCGAGGACAAGCUCUCCCAUGUUUCCACUGGAGGAGGAGCUUCUCUUGAGCUUCUCGAGGGUAAGACCCUUCCCGGUGUCGCUGCUCUCUCCGAGAAGAAGUAA